AUGGUGGCGAGGCUAAUAGUGCAGCCUCAGGCCGCUUUGCGUGUGUUCUAUGAUACCAUCGCAUCAUUGAUUCCCAUACCAAGCUCUGAUAAGGCUGCUGGGCACAAUAAUACGAUGUGGCUGACGCAACUAAGUAGCAUUAGUAAGGUGAUCGAAAACAGCUUCAAUUCGUUCAAACAAGCGAUGAUGCGCCAAGAAUCUAACCCCCGUGAAGGUGAAGAAAAUGUGACACGUGCGUCGAUGCUGCAAAUUAAAAAUGGUCAGAGAAAUGAGGGCGAAGGUGGUGGUAGAUUCGUUGUGGAAUCAAGGAGCGGAGGACCUGCCGUCGAGAGUAAAACUAAGGAGUAUGUUGAUCCACAGCCCUUCCAGCGAAACCUGGAAAGCUUGGUACACAUAAAGUCACUAAGCAGCGUAAGUGAACAUUGCUUUUACAAAAAUUUUGACUCAGGCCACUUUCGCAGGAACUAUCGGUAUUUUGCUAGUUACUGUUUUUUCUGUCAUGUAAAACACCUUUUAAUUUUGUCGAAACGUGCACAUAUAUAUUGUUAA